AAUCUACAAAGGCGAUUGGUGGAUCGUGCUCUGACGCGUAUCUACUCUGACCUGCGAUUGGCUGGGAUGUUAGCGAGGGGGCGGAGCCAGCCGUUGCGGUGUGCCCGCAUGCCCGGAGAGCUCCAUUGCUCAGUGUGAGUCAGCGCUCGCCAUGAACGAGGAGAGCCUGCGGGAGGGGGAGAGGCUGGUCUCCGCCGCCUAUCUCCGCCAGGGCAAGGAGGCCCGCCGCUCCCACGAACAGCUCGUACGGGUUCUGGUGGAGAAAGGGAAAUGCCCACAGGAUCCAUGGGAUGAGAGCACCAUUGAGCUUUUCCUGCAAGAGCUUGCCAUCAUGGACAGCAAUAAUUUUCUUUCUAACUGUGGUGUUGGAGAGCGAGAGGGAAGAGUCGCAUCUAGCAUGGUUUCCCGUCGGAAUUAUCGACUAAUACAUGGGAUUGGACGUUCAGGAGAUAUUUCUGCUGUCCAGCCAAAGGCUGCAGGCUCCAGUCUUUUGAAUAAGCUAACAAAUUCAAUAGUUCUGGACAUAAUAAAGAUGGCAGGUGUGCAUUCGGUGUCCAGCUGUUUUGUGGUCCCCAUGGCAACUGGAAUGAGUUUAACUCUUUGCUUCUUAACUCUACGACAUAAACGACCAAAGGCAAAAUAUAUUAUCUGGCCACGGAUCGACCAAAAAUCUUGUUUUAAAUCAAUGAUCACAGCAGGUUUUGAACCUGUGGUGAUAGAAAAUGUUUUAGAAGGAGAUGAACUGCGUACAGACCUCACUGCCAUAAAUGCAAAAAUCCAGGAGCUGGGAGCAGAGAACAUCCUGUGCGUUCAUUCUACCACUUCCUGUUUUGCUCCCAGAGUACCUGACAGGCUAGAGGAACUGUCUGUGAUCUGUGCUACGCAUGACAUCCCUCACAUUGUCAAUAAUGCCUACGGUGUCCAGUCUUCCAAGUGUAUGCAUCUUAUCCAACAGGGUGCCCGGGUAGGAAGAAUCGAUGCUUUUGUCCAAAGUCUGGACAAGAAUUUUAUGGUUCCAGUAGGUGGCGCUGUUAUCGCUGGUUUUAAUGAUUCAUUUCUUCAAGAUAUCAGCAAAAUGUAUCCAGGAAGAGCAUCUGCGUCUCCAUCUUUGGAUGUCCUCAUAACACUGCUGUCACUUGGUGUAAAGGGAUAUCAGGAUCUCUUGAAAGAAAGAAAGGAAAUAUUUUCAUAUCUUUCAAAUGAAUUAAAGAUAUUGGCCAAAAGGUACAACGAGCGGUUACUGGAAACCCCAAACAAUCCCAUCUCAUUAGCUUUAUCUUUAAGGAAUCUGAGUGAUAAGAGUGAAGCUACCAUAACCCAACUUGGAUCUAUGCUGUUCACAAGACAAGUAUCUGGUGCAAGAGUUGUGCCUCUCGGCACUUCACAGACCAUUAAUGGAUUUGCUUUUAAAGGUUUUAUGUCUCACUGUAACAAUUACCCGUGUGCAUAUCUGAAUGCAGCCUCUGCCAUUGGCAUUAAAAAAAUAGAUGUUGAUUUGUUUAUCAAAAGACUUGACAAGUGCCUAAAAGUGUGUGUGAAGCAGAAGCAUUCAGAGGACAAAGAAUCUACAGACACCCAACAAACCAAAGAAGAAGAUGCCACCGAAUUGGCAGAAGCCCUCGGAGCCAAUCUACACUUGGAGAAGGAAAAAAGUUGAAGUGGUCUAUAUUUAAAACCAAAAAAGACUGUUAAAUCUAGUGUACCAUUAUUAAAACUGCUGUGCAGUUCAUUAGUUUAUGUGCUUGUUCUAAACAAGACUUGGAACAUCUUGUUUUGAUUUUGAAAAU